AUGUCUUGGAUCAAAAACAUCGUACGCAUCGCCUCCACAGCCAGCUCCUCCCCGACCCGACCCGGUUUCCGAAGCCCCGGGUCCAUCCUCACUCUCUCGACCCGCUUCAGCACCGCUCUGCACCAGCAGCAGCAGCAGCAGCAAGAGAUCGACACCGUUCAUCGCGAGACUCGGACUCAGUCGACGGCGGAGNNNCGCCGAUGCGAGGGGCUGGGGCCCACGAAGGAGAGCGAGAAGCCGAGGGCGGUGGUUCUCGGGUCGGGUUGGGCGGGCUGUCGGCUCAUGAAGGGGAUCGACACCAGCCUCUACGACGUCGUUUGCGUCUCGCCUAGGAACCACAUGGUCUUCACUCCGUUGCUCGCUUCGACGUGCGUCGGCACGCUCGAGUUCAGGUCUGUGGCCGAGCCCAUCUCCAGGAUCCAACCCGCGAUUUCUCGUGAACCCGGAUCGUAUUACUUCAUGGCCAACUGUACGCAUCUCGACGCCAAGAAUCAUGAGGUGCAUUGUGAGACAGUGACAGAUGGAUUGAACACAUUGAAGCCAUGGAAGUUCAAGAUCUCAUACGACAAACUGGUAAUAGCUUGCGGGGCAGAGGCUUCCACGUUUGGAAUCCAGGGUGUUGCAGAAAACGCAAUCUUCCUCCGCGAGGUUCAUCACGCGCAGGAGAUCCGUAGGAAGCUUCUCCUAAACCUCAUGCUCUCGGAUGUCCCUGGCAUAUCUGAGGAGGAGAAAUCGAGGCUGUUACAUUGUGUUGUUGUCGGAGGUGGGCCGACUGGUGUUGAAUUCAGUGGUGAACUGAGUGAUUUUAUCAUGAGGGAUGUUCGUGAGAGAUAUGCCCAUGUGAAGAACUACAUUCACGUUACUUUGAUAGAGGCAAAGGAUAUACUUUCUUCGUUCGACGAUCGCCUCAGGCACUAUGCACUCAAACAGUUGAAUAAGUCUGGAGUGAGGCUUGUACGUGGGAUUGUGAAAGACGUGAAGCCUCAAAAGCUGAUUCUUGACGAUGGAACGGAGGUUCCCUAUGGCCUAUUGGUGUGGUCGACUGGUGUUGGCCCCUCGUCCUUUGUUCGUUCUCUCGGCCUUCCAAAUGCUCCCGGUGGAAGGGUUGGCAUUGACGAAUGGCUUCGAGUGCCUUCCGUACAAGACGUGUUUGCCAUUGGAGACUGUUGUGGAUACCUAGAAAGCACAGGGAAACAAACCCUUCCUGCACUUGCCCAGGUGGCUGAGCGACAAGGGAAAUACUUGGCGGGUCUGCUGAACGAGAUCGGGAAAGCGGGUGGAGGAAGGGCAGAUAGCGGAAAGGACGUUGCUUUCGGGGACCCGUUUGUGUAUAAGCAUCUCGGGAGCAUGGCCACCAUUGGCAGAUACAAAGCCCUCGUCGAUCUCCGCGAGAGCAAGGAAGCGAAAGGGAUAUCAUUGGCGGGAUUCGUGAGCUGGUUCGUGUGGAGGUCGGCUUAUCUGACCAGAGUCAUCAGCUGGAGGAACCGUUUCUACGUCGCCAUCAACUGGCUCACCACUUUCGUCUUCGGCCGCGACAUCAGCCGCAUCUGACCCCAGAAACGACGUCGUUCCGUACGCAGGGCUCGAAUCCAAAAUCCUUCCACGCCACUGAAAAAGAUUGUUUUUUUUUUCUAAGUCAUAACAGAUACUCCAUGCAACGAUGCCGUGUAUUUGGUUUUUUGGGCUUUUAUGUGAAAUAAUAUUCCGAAGGGAAUAUAAAUUUUAUGUAAUGGAUCCAAUUCGAGUCCUAGUUUUUUCAGGGGAAAUUUCAGAGAGCUGCGACACUCUUUGGAUUUAUA